UCUUCAGACAAGAGCUUGCGGGUGACCAUCGGAGCUUUCGAGCGGCUGCACCGGCUGCUGCGGGAGCGGCAGAAGGUGAUGCUGGAGGUGCUGGAGGCGGACACGGCGCGGACGUUGACCGACAUCGAGCAGAAGAUCCAACGCUACAGCCAGCAGCUCCGGAAGGUGCAGGAGGGCAGCCAGAUCCUCCAGGAACGCUUGGCUGAAGCCAACAAACACAUCUUUUUAGCCGGCAUCGCUUCCCUUUCCGAGAGGCUGAAGGGGAAGAUCCAUGAGACCAACCUGACCUACGAGGACUUUCCCACCUCCAAAUACAUGGGGCCGCUGCAGUACACCAUCUGGAAAUCCCUUUUCCAGGACAUCCAUCCCGGUGAGCGGCGCGGGGAUGGGCUGGCUGCAGGAUCGGAGGGUGUUCGGGUUACCCUCUCCGACGGCUGCCCCGUCGUGGCGUACGGCACCGUGCCCCCCCAGCCGCUUCAGGACUCCUCCAAACGCUUCGACGUGGAGGUCUCCGUGCUGGGUUCGGAGGCGUUCGGCGGCGGCGUCCACUACUGGGAGGUGGUAGUCGCCGAGAAGACCCAGUGGAUGAUCGGUUUGGCCCACGAAGCCGUCGCCCGGAAAGGCAACAUCCAAAUUCAGCCCAGCCGAGGGUUUUAUUGCAUCGUCAUGCACGACGGGAACCAGUACAGCGCCUGCACCGAGCCCUGGACCCGGCUCAACGUCGCCAACAAGCUGGAGAAGGUGGGCGUCUUCCUGGACUACGACAAGGGGCUCCUCAUCUUCUACGACGCCGACGACAUGUCCUGGCUCUAC